UCGUCGCUCUAUAAUCUUUGCACGUUUGCUGAAUGAAGUCAAAGUGUUUGUGUAAAUGAUUGUGAAACAAAGACUUUUAUACUAAAAUAAAUGAGGCUCGGCAGAGUUUCGCUGUUUAACAUUACUCAUGAGUACGGAAGAGACUCUCUUGAAUCUCGAUUUCGACAAAACAAAUACAGCAAGCGCGCCGACCGAUGACGGCGUGGUAUCUUUGUCCAGUAGUUCAGAAGAGAUUUGUUUAGUGCCCGACGUAGGUUUCGAGGGCAGCGUGGAUUCUCCAGGAGUGAAUCGGGAGUCGCAGCCGCUUCUAGGCGGCCGCGGUGACUUCGAUGUAUCCUUUAAUCACUUCCCAGAUGACCCUCAGUUCAGCGAGCUGGUGUGGCAGGCGGAGGUGGCCAUCGACAAUGGAAUCUUCCCAGAGAGGAUAUACCAAGGAUCCAGUGGGUCCUACUUUGUCAAGAACCCUGGAGGGAAAAUAACAGGCGUAUUCAAACCGAAAGACGAGGAGCCGUACGGCAGACUGAAUCCAAAAUGGACGAAAUGGAUGCACAAGCUCUGUUGCCCGUGCUGCUUCGGCCGCUCCUGUCUCAUCCCCAACCAGGGGUACCUGUCAGAGGCAGGCGCCAGUCUCGUGGAUUCCAAGAUUGGCCUUAAAAUUGUGCCAAAGACUAGGGUGGUGAAGUUAGUAUCGGAAACGUUCAACUACCUCCGGAUAGAUCGCGAGAGGUCGCGGCUGAAGCGAGCCAUCACCGAACAGUUUCCCAACCUCAGGUUCAACAGGAUGGGUCUGCCGCCGAAGGUGGGGUCGUUCCAGCUGUUCGUGGAAGGGUACAAGGACGCCGACUACUGGCUGCGGAGGUUCGAGCAGGACCCGCCGCCGCCGCACGUCAUGAGGAAGUUCCAGCUUCAGUUCGAGCGGCUAGUGAUACUAGACUAUAUAAUCCGCAACACGGACCGCGGCAACGACAACUGGCUCAUAAAGUACGAGGGACCCUCAGCGGGACAGGACAUUAGCAUGAACGACCCUUCGGAUUGGACGGGUGCGGAAGUGCGAAUCGCGGCGAUCGACAACGGACUGGCUUUCCCCUUCAAACACCCGGACUCGUGGCGGGCCUACCCCUACCACUGGGCCUGGCUGCCCCACGCCAAGUUACCCUUCAGCCACGAGACCAAGGAGCUCGUUCUUCCGCUACUAUCUGAUAUGAACUUCGUCCAAGAACUUUGUGAUGAAUUACACAUAUUAUUUAAGCAAGACAAAGGCUUCGACAAGGGUUUGUUCGAGCGUCAGAUGUCGGUGAUGCGCGGGCAGCUGCUGAACCUCACGCAGGCGCUGAAGGACAGCAAGAGCCCCGUGCAGCUCGUGCAGAUGCCGGCCGUCAUCGUCGAGAGGUCUAAGGGCGGGUCGACGUCGUCGCGUUUCUUCGACUCGUUCCAGCAGCGCUUCCAGCACAAAUCGCCGUUCUUCUCCUGGUGGUGAGCGGGGACCACUAGGGCGUAUAAAAAAUGGUGAUUGUUCCGAUGCAGCGUGAACUUAGCAAAACAAUGUAUGUAUAAUUUAAGUUGUAGACUAGAAAUCACACGCAUUUUGUGCUCCAUCAUUGAAUGUGUACAUGGAUAACUUAAUACAAUAGGCUUGUGAAGUGACAAACAGUCAAAAUCAACAACUUAUUAUUUGUCUAUGGUGGCUAAGUUAUCUGUGUAACGAUUAUUUCAAAUUAUGGUUACUUUAUUUUUGUAUAUUGUUAUUGUAAAGCCCUUAUUUUCCAAGUUAUCAUUUCAUAUUUACAAUCCUUUUUAACGGGUCAGCAAAAGUAAUGCGAGAUGAUUUUUCAAUUUUGAAAAUUAAACCAAACAUUGUGAUGCUAUAGAUAGACGACAAUUCAUAUUUUAUUUCAUUUAUGUUCGAGAAAUGUAUUCGGAGAACCAUGAAAAAUCUACACAGUUUUUUAAAAGCCGAUAUUAAUAUUUUUUUAUAGAAAUGUAAUUUUCAUUUUUUUAAUAUUUAUUUUUAUUAGAAAUAUACAACCUUACUUGAUUUAAAAAGAACCGUACCUCCUGAUUUUAAUAUUUGAUCCAUCGAAAUUUGCUGAUUGACUAAAACAAAAAUCGUAAUCAAGCAUUAGCAAUCAAUCUAAAUUUAGCAUUUUAAUACAGCGAUGUUUUUUUUUUAAAUUUUGAAAUCUGUGUGCAUAGUUGCUGUUUACAUGUCCCAUCGAGUCCAUUCGAACGUUGCGAACCAAUCACAUUGCGCCAUUGUGACGUAACGGCAACCGCAACGUAAUGUUAUUGGUUCGCUGCGUCUCACUUCGAAUAGAAUCGAUAGUGAUAAGUGAAAUACAAAUGCUGUUAUGUACCAAAGCUGGUAUUGUUUAAGGUGAUUGGUAUAUGUCGGACCAAGUCAUGUAGUUCUUGUCGGUAGCUAGAAAUUUAUACUUGAAAUCCUGUUGAAGACGGUGAAAGAAUAAUGACAGAAAAAUAUCUUUUACUGCGCUAUGUGCGUAUUUUUGUUUUUUUUUUUUUUUUAUCAAAGGCAGUUAGUCGCCACAUCAAACUUUACUUAACACUUUGGCGAACACUCGAUGAGAUACAAAUUUAAUUGUUGUACAGCAAUAGCAGUAAUGUGUCCGCGAAGGUGUUAAGCAGAGGUAAAGUGUGCUAAUGUUUUGUGCUAUGUCAGAAUUUAUUUACUUUUAGCAUUUCAAAAGUCAUGCCAGAUGCCUUUGGGCGACUGGAAUAAAUUCAGACAC